GACACCAUAUACAAGUAUGGAGCGAGAGAACUUGGCUGCUGUGAAGUUGGAGCAGCUAAGGAUCAAUCCAAGGCAUUCCACGAUUGCUCGCUGAAAAUGCCUCUGGUAUUGAGAGAUAUGUUACUGCAAUUAACAUACACUCCAAGUCUGCUCCAUAAAUCUCACGUAAUCGGAUAUAGCAUUACUGGUAUAUAU